UUUGAUUUCACAAUUUUUUGAUUGGAUGCAAAAACUUUAUUCAGUACUUAACCUUUAAGUCAAGGUUGAAGAAAGCUUGGUCUAAAAAAAAUGUUCAAUUACUUAUCCAUUAGAAGAGUCAUUAAAUUUUGUAAUGGAAGAGUGAAAACUUGGAAAAAUGAAAGCUACUGUGUUGAAGAAUUGCCAUUUCCGUUUGCGAACAAGACCUGUCCAUUAGUGAUUUUAAUGGCCAAGUAUAAAUAGGAACAUUACGUGAAUUAAAGAAUAGUUUACUGAGGUCCAUAUUCAGAGAUGGUCACUUUUUUUUAUUGUUCUGUUAUAUUAAUUACUUCCUGGAUUAUUGAGGGAUUGCCAAUCACGAAUCUAUCACGAAGUAUUACGAUGCCAUCCCGAAUGUAUUUACCAACGAAAAAUGUUCUUGAUGUAAAUUCCGGUCAACAAAAUAAUGAUGAUUACUAUCCAGCUGCCCUGAUAUCAUCAAUUCAAGAAGAAAAUACGAGACCAGUAUAUGAGUUAAUGGAUGAUGGGAACCAGCUAUUGCUGCCUACAGCAAUUCGUGGCAAUGGGCAAUCAACCGGACAUACGUUUGUACAACGUGAACUGAAGAGAAUGCAUCAUGACUUGGCAACGGAUGUAGUAGGCUCUGCAAUCACAUCACUUGAUUGGUUUCUCGGUAACAAAAGCUACAAUACUCCACUUCAUCCACCACCAAGUUCACUUCUAGCACUAGUUUUAUCUCACUAUGGUAGAUAUCUACCCUCCACGCGUUCACCUCGUGUUUACUCGUACAUGACGGUAAACAACAUCCACAAUAACCGUCCGUUUGGUCAAUACAAGUGGGCGUGUGACCAGGAAUCAAAUUCUGCAGAAUCAGAUUAAAAAAAUAGAUGAAACUCUUUUAUUUAAUUUUACAAGAUACUACAGUAAUAACUGCAAUCAUUUAAACAGUUUUGGACAAUUAUAAAAUAUGAGAAACUCAUUUUAAAAUCUUCAAAAUCGAUAGAUGCAGGUCAAUUGAUUUUCUGCAUCUCAAAAGUUUCGACAUUUUUCUACUUUAAAGCUGAAAGUUGUUUCAAGAGUAAGAUGGUUUAGCUUGUGAUAGAAUCUAGAGUGCAUAGCUACGCUAGAUCAAAAGGCAUAUUUAUGCAAAACCAGUUACGUUACUGUUUGGCACCAGUAGGAAUUGAUUUUCUUAUUCGGAACACGAUCCACACCAGGAUCUCUGCUCGUCUUUCAACUCUCUCAUGUUUCUCGACUUACAUUCAGCUGUAGUACAAGGCAGGUAAUGGACCAGUUUCAAAUUGCAAGUGAACUUUAGCUGAAGUUCGAUUGCAAUCAGACAGCUAGUGAUUGGAGAGGUCAAGAUAGAGAGGUGUACAAAGAGAAAAGAACAAAAAUAAACACAAUUUCAAAAGGGUAGUAAAUUAAGCUAGCAAUUUAUUUUCUAAAACCAUUCUAUUCUCAAUUGCAUAGUAAUCAAAAUUUAUGAAAUGGCACAAGUAACUUUAGAAAAUAAAGUCGAUUUGUCUAAAAACUGAGUCGACACAUGAUUGAGGUGUCUGGUUGUAUAAAACGGUCCAGGGGAUUUGAAAAGAGGUCGCUGUUAAAACUGAAGUUGGCGUCUUUCUUUUCAUAUCUUCUUUUAGAGAACAAAGAAAGCUCUAUUUUACAACACACCGGAAAUACUAGGGUUUUCACUAAUUUUUUCUCCUUCUUCUUUCUACUACUUCAUUUCUCCACUUGACCAU